CGGACCAAUUGGAUGGGGGAAGAGAGACUGAGAGGCAGUUUUGUUUGACCUCGUUGGUUACCGGCAGGUCGUUUGCAGGGAACGUGGUUUACAAAUCUCUGCAAACGUGUGUCUGCACUUUAAAAAUAAUUGAACUUGUAUAUACUUUUUUGUGUUGUAUACGUAUCCGGUUAAUCAGAACUAUGUCUUUGCUUUGUUACAACAAAGGCUGCGGGCAGCGCUUUGAUCCAGAAAAGAACAUGGAAGAUGCUUGCACAUAUCAUCCUGGUGUUCCUGUUUUUCAUGAUGCUUUGAAGGGUUGGUCAUGUUGCAAAAGGCGGACAACUGACUUCUCAGACUUCUUGGGUAUAGUGGGCUGUACCAAAGGUCAACACAGCAAUGAAAAACCACCUGAACCCAUCAAACCAGAAGUUAAAAUGUCCAACGAUAAAAAAGACUUAGCUGAAGAUUUAAAACCAAAAUUUAAUGAGUAUGUUAUCCAGGCACCAAAACCUAUUGAAUUAAUUCAGCGACCAAGCCCUGAUGAGCCAAUAACAAGGCUCACACAAAAAGUUUCUGCUUCUCUACGGCAGGCCUUGGAGAAGUUAACUACUCAGAGUGGAGCAGAAAAAAAUAGUGAAGAGAGUGAUGAAAUAAAAAUUGGAACAUCCUGUAAAAAUGGAGGUUGUACAAAGACAUUUGAUGGACCACAGAGCAAUGAGGAAAUAUGUCAGUUUCAUGUUGGUGUUCCUAUAUUUCAUGAGGGAAUGAAGUACUGGAGCUGCUGUAAGCGAAAGACCUCUGAUUUUAAUAGUUUCCUUUCUCAGGAAGGCUGUACGAAAGGAAGCCACUUGUGGAGAAAGAAUGAUACAGGAAAGAAAGUAGUGCCCUGUAGAUUUGAUUGGCAUCAGACAGGAGGGCAGGUUAUCAUUUCAAUCUAUGCCAAAAAUUCUGUUCCAGAUCUAAGCUAUGUGGAUGCAAACAGCACAAUUCUAAAUAUUCAUAUAAUAUUCGAAGGAGACAAAGAAUUUGAACAGAAAAUUAACUUGUGGGGUGUCAUUGAUGUUACCAAGAGCUGUAUGAUGAUGACAGCCACAAAAAUUGAAAUUACCAUGAAGAAAUCUGAACCAAUGUCCUGGGCCCGAUUGGAUCUACCUCCACCUAAGUUGCCAGUUGUGAAAGAGUCAACAGGUGCAGACGAGAGCUGCUGAAAUGGUUAAUCAUAGACUAUCAUUUAUUUUACUGAAUUGUAGGACCACUUAUUUUCUACAGUGGGGUGACGAUGAUCUCCUCACUCAAAUUACUGUGGUGGGUUAAGUCGCAUUUAACACCACUGUGAUAUGUUUCAAAUAUUUAAUUGGGUUCAGGAAGAACGUGAAUUAACAUUUACUUAAUAUUACCCAAAUAUUUUAAGGACAUUGCAAAAAAGAUGUACUGUAUUUUGAAUAUUCCACAGAAAAAAUUGUCCAGUUAUUUUAUAAAUAUAGUUAAUACUUUAUAUUACUUGUUUCUGUAUUCGAAACAUUUUACUGCUUUUUUGCAUGCAUAUAUGACUGACUUAUUCCAGGAGCUCAUCUCUUUUUUUCUCAAAACUAAAUUCUGUUAAUAUACUUGGUUCCAAGUAUCUCUUUUUAAAGAAUAUAAUAAUUAAUAAUUCUAUAGCUAAAUAUUGCAACAUGCACCUUUACCGGUACAUGAAAACUCUUUGAACGAUGAGCAGACGUUAUCCUUUGCACAUUAAAACGUAAAUUUUGGGAACACGAAUUUGACUUUCACAAGUUCUUUUCCAAUGUUGUUUGUUUAGUGUGUUGGCUUUGCUCGAGCUACUUUGCUUGCCUCUUAAGUGGCAUAGUUCUAAAAUGCCACUCUUAAGUUAAGAAUUCUUCUCCUGUUUUAUAACUGAUAUUGUUUGAAAAAACAAACUUAAAUGGAAUAAAGUUUCCCUCUGCUUAUA